GAAAAAACGAGCUUCCUUAAUAUUUCACUAUUAAAGAAUCUGACAAGUAUGGUUGGUGUUGCUCUUUUCUUUGAAAAAUUUAUUCAAUGCCCCGUUAAUCUGUGAAGAAAAUGUAAAAAGAAAUGUGUGUGCAGCAGGACGUGGCGUGUCAGGAAACAAAUGCAGAAUCAUCCGAAGAGUCCGGUACGAAAUGAAGAAACUCGUCGGACCAGCUUACAAAUGAUCUCAUCAAGCCACCCGUUUCAAAGAACUUCAUUGGAUCGCCGUGUCAAGCAAUAAAAUGUGAACUGG